AUGACCAGCAUGCCCCCUAAUUGGCCCGACCGCCCCCAAAACUGCAGCUGGGCCGAGAGCCUCAACUCCACCUGGACUUUCCACGACCCGCCGCCGCUCAACUACUACACCCUCCCCGUCCUGGGCGCCAUCACGGUGACGUGCACGCUGCUUUUCCUGGUGGGCGUGGCCGGCAACGUGAUGACCAUCCUGGUGGUGUGCAGGUACCGCGACAUGCGCACCACCACCAACCUGUACCUGUGCAGCAUGGCCGUGUCCGACCUGCUCAUCUUCCUGUGCAUGCCGCUAGACCUGUACCGCAUGUGGCGCUACAGACCUUGGCGCCUGGGGGACGCGCUGUGCAAGCUCUUCCAGUUCGUGUCCGAGUCCAGCACCUACUCCACCAUCCUGAGCAUCACCGCCCUCUCCGUGGAAAGGUACGUGGCCAUUUGCUUCCCGUUGCGCGCCAAGGCCCUGGUGACCAAGCGGCGGGUACGCGGCCUCAUCCUCCUCCUGUGGACCGUGGCGCUAAUAAGUGCCGGGCCCGUGUUCGUCAUGGUGGGCGUGGAGCAGGACGAGGCGGCCUUCCGUCUCAACAACACCCGAGUCCCGCCGGAGGACGACACCCGCGAGUGCAGGAUGACGCACUACGCCGUGGAGUCGGGCCUGAUGGGCGCCAUGGUGUGGCUGAGCUCCGUCUUCUUCUUCGCGCCCGUCUUCUGUCUCACCGUUCUCUACAGCCUGAUUGGACGCCGCCUGUGGCGCCGCCAGCGGGAGACGACCACCGGCCCGCGGGUGACUCACAGGGACAGGAGCAACAGGCAGACCAUCAAGAUGCUGGUGGUGGUGGUGGCGGCGUUUGUCCUGUGCUGGCUACCUUUCCACAUGUGUCGCUACCUGCAAUUCCGCUCUUUGGACGCACCUUCUCCACUGCUGUCCACCUUGUCCCAGCACUGCAGCUUGGUGUCGGUGGUCCUCUUCUACCUGAGCGCCGCAAUCAACCCCAUCCUCUACAACACCAUGUCCUGGAAGUACCGGGGAGCGGCCGCUCGCCUCUUCGGCCUCGCCGACCAGCAGCGGCCGCGGGCGCGUACAACCAGCACCUUGAAGGCUGACAGAUGGACAGAAUCUACCAUCAGCUUCUAAACUUCGGAAAAAACUCAUUUCAAUGAAC